AUGUCUGGAGAACCUGGAGGGCCCGCAUCCAAGAAAUCAAGCACAAUAACCAACCUCUUCUCCAACACCCGCCUGAUCCUCAGCAUCUCCCUUUUACUCCGCGCAGCACUUCUCCUCUGGGGCGAAUACCAAGACGCAAACUCACCUCUGAAAUACACCGAUAUCGAUUACUUGGUCUUCACAGAUGCUUCUCGCUAUGUAUACCACAAUCAAUCUCCGUACUUGCGCGACACGUAUCGGUAUACACCACUCCUAGCCUGGCUUUUAUAUCCCACCGCAUACGGAGGCCGCUGGUUCUGUUUCGGAAAAGCUGUUUUUGCGGCGGGAGACAUUGUAACCGGAUAUUUGAUUUUCUUGCUGUUACAGAGACAGAAGAUGAGUAAGGCAAGGGCGAUGGGGUUUGCGAGUAUUUGGCUCUUGAACCCUAUGGUUGCGAAUAUCAGCACUAGGGGCAGUUCUGAGGGUUUACUUGCUGUUAUUGUGGUGGGUAUGUUGUGGGCGGUCAGUGUUGGACGUAUCAGGCUUGCGGGUUGUUUAUUGGGGUUAGGGGUGCAUUUCAAGAUUUAUCCGUUUGUGUAUGCGGUUAGUAUGGUUUGGUGGUUGGACAGACGGCAAGCUGGAUCUUGGGACGGAAGAGGUGGGAUGUUUGGUGGCCUUGUCAAUCGUAAGAGGGUACAGUUGGCGCUGUUCAGCUUUAUCACUUUUGCUGGAUUGAAUAUGCUGAUGUUCAAGCUCUACGGCAUCGAGUUCAUCCGACACAGCUAUACCUACCACCUCACACGCAUCGACCACCGUCACAACUUUUCGGUUUACAACACUUUACUUCACAUGAAGUCAGCUCUAGGCUCAUCUUCCGGCCUCGGCGUUGAGUCUCUGGCAUUCUUUCCUCAACUCUUCCUUUCUGUAGUUGCUAUUCCUUUGCUUUUGGCAAAGAAGGAUUUGGCAAGUACGAUGUUGGCGCAGACGUUUGCUUUUGUCACGUUCAACAAGGUCUGCACGAGUCAGUAUUUCUUGUGGUAUAUGGUAUUCUUGCCAUUCUACCUUCCCAAUUCGUCAUUGCUUCGUCGACCCAAGCUUGGCUAUUCUGCUCUUGCCCUUUGGGUUCUAGGUCAGGCUUUGUGGCUGCAACAAGGAUACGAACUCGAAUUUCUCGGAAAGUCGACUUUUGUGCCGGGGCUCUGGGUAGCCAGUAUGCUCUUCUUUGGCAUAAACUGCUGGAUCCUGGGUAUCGUGGUGUCGGACAUUAACGCGCAGCCCUCGAGCACUUCUGCAGCGUUUUCGGCCAAGAAGGCUGAAUAA